AUGCAUUCGUGUUUUGCGGUGUUCGGUUGCAAUCGCACCCAUUUCACGCUUCAUCCGCAGCCACUUCACUUAACUCAUGAGCGAACAGAGAAGCAAAGCAUGGCACAUUCAACCAAAACAUGCGAUGCCCAACUGGACCGAAUUGGAAUAGAAGAAGGAAGUAGGUUCGAAACCGGCCACCUUCCUUGCCUUCGUGUUGUCGCGCAAUUGUCGUCAGACAUCAUGUCCUGCUCUGACGAUGUCCGUCACAUGACGGACGGAAACUCGGCAACGAUUCUUCGUGGUUGCAUGGCUAUCCGCACGGAUCUACAACCACAGCUCCAAUGCAACCCCCACAGCCUCCGGUGGGGCCAACUUACGAAUCCCUUCCAAUCGCUUCUUCAAACGAAAUGA